GCAGAGCAAGGCGUGAAUUUCUCUUUGAGUUCCGAGUGGACUCAGUUGCAGAGCGAUGAGUCAGGAAUCGUUCAUAUAUAGCUUCGUGGCUCGUGGGACAAUGGUGUUAGCAGAGUACACAGAGUUCACUGGGAACUUUCCUGCCAUUGCAGCUCAGUGUCUUCAGAAACUUCCCUCUUCCAACAACAAGUUCACCUACAACUGUGAUCACCACACCUUCAAUUUCCUUGUCGAAGAUGGUUAUGGUAAUGUUCUUUUUUCUCUUAUAUCUUACUGUGUUGUUGCCAAGGAAUCUGUUGGCAAGCAGAUAUCUAUUGCUUUCCUUGAACGUGUCAAAGCUGACUUUAAGAAAAGAUAUGGUGGUGGAAAAGCAGAUACAGCUGUUGCCAAGAGUCUGAACAAGGAAUUUGGACCAGUUAUGAAAGAGCACAUGAAGUAUAUCAUUGAUCAUGCUGAAGAGAUUGAAAAGCUAAUAAAAGUGAAGGCUCAAGUUUCAGAAGUUAAAAGUAUCAUGUUAGAGAAUAUAGACAAGGCUAUCGAUAGAGGAGAGAAUCUAACUAUUCUUGCAGACAAGACAGAGACAUUGCGCUCACAGGCUCAAGAUUUCAGAAAGCAAGGAACACAAGUCCGUCGGAAGAUGUGGUAUCAGAACAUGAAAAUUAAAUUGGUUGUUCUUGGAAUUUUGUUGUUUUUGGUCCUGGUUAUCUGGCUUUCUAUUUGUGGUGGAUUUGAUUGUACAAACUAGCAAUCAUUGAAAGUUUCCGUAUAGGUUUUUGAAAAUUAUGUUU